UUGGCGAGGCGCGGCGGGGCAGGGGGCGGUCCUGGGCGCCGCCGCCGUUCGGCGAGAGGAGGAGCGAAGCCCCGCGCGGCGGCCUGGGGCUGCCGGGGGCGGGAAGGCCUGGGGAGGCGGGCACGGCACCGCUCGGAGGCCUGCGACGGCCCCAACGGCUGCGGCGGGGAGGGCCGGGAGCCCGCGGCGGGUAGCCGGGCUGUGGCGGGAGGGGAGGGCUUGGAGCCGCCGCCGCCGCUGCUGCUGCGUGCCGGGGAGCUUAGCGGCUCGGCUGAACCCACAGGUAUGCUGGCGGGCGGCGAGGAGAGGACGGUGUAACUCUGCGGGAAGAUGAAACCGAGCGCCGUGGAGGCCGCCGACAAAGGAGCGCGUCCCCCAGAUGGAAUGCAAGCAAAACCAGAAAAGAUAAGAUCUUCUCUGAAGAAUGUGAAAAAAGAUACAGGAAAAACAGAGAAAUUUAGAUAUAAGCCCCUCACUGGGAAGGUGUUUUACCUCGAUAUUCCUUCAAAUGUGAUCUCUGAAAAAAUAGGAAAGGACCUCAAAGAGCUAGGAGGGAGAGUGGAGAGUUUUCUGAGUAAAGAUAUCAGCUAUCUGGUGUCUAAUAAAAAGGAGGCAAAAUUUGCAGCAAAUCUUGGUCAGAUUUCUCCUGUUCCUAGCCCAGAAUCUGCACGUAACGGAGGAAACAGUUCACCUCAUCCUAGCAGCCGAAAAGAUCGACAUGAUGGAAGUUCAUUUAAGAUAGCAGAUACAGUACGUAUGAGUAGAGGAAAAUCCCUAGUUGAAAAAGCAAUCAAAGAGCAGGACUUAAUCCCCUCUGGUAGUAUACUAUCCAAUGCUUUGAGUUGGGGAGUGAAGAUACUUCAUAUUGAUGAUGUUAAGAAUUACAUUGAACAGAAGAAAAAGGAGCUCUACCUAAUCAAAAGAGCAGAGAGUUCUUUUAAAGAUGUGGGAAAACAAGUCACUUCUCAAAAGUCAAGAAGUAGACUGAAAAAUCCAUUUGUCAAGGUGGAAGAUAGAAGUCGCCACUACCGACCCUUUUAUCUGCAGCUACCUGCUUUUCCAGUUCUGAACUACUGUGUUCCAAAACCAUAUAGUCCAUUUGAGGUGGAUAAGAAGCAUCCUUCUGGUCAAAAGCAAACUCAGUCUAAGCAAAGAAAAAUAAAUAGUGACAAGGACUGUGGAACUCCUGUUCAACUCCCUCAGAAGGACAAAAAAAAGAGAGGAUACUGUGAAUGUUGUGGGAAGAAAUAUGAAGAUCUGCAAACACAUCUUGAAAGUGAACAGCACCAAAAUUUUGCACAAAGCACACAGUAUCAAGUUGUUGAUGAUAUAAUCUCAAAGUUUGUUUAUGAGUUUGUUGAGUACAAAGAUGAUGCAAAAAAAAUAAAAUGGACAAAAUGUAGUACAGGAUAUUUUUCUCCUAUUAUUGGAAAGAUAACUAGACCAGAUGAGUUGAAAGAACGACUGAAAAAGCAACGCCUUUCAUUGAAAAGCUACUCGUGGAAGGAUACGGCAAUGCGGGCACUUAAACUGGAUCGCCAGCCCGCAGAAGUACAACCAAAUUCUGUGCCAAUACCUCGCGCUAUUUCUGGAUCUGUUUGUUCAGUUCUUUAUUGUCACCUGUCGCAACCUUCAGAACUAAAAAGUAAGUUCAGAAAUAAUGAUGAAAAUAUUAAAACAGAGUGUUCCUGUGCUGUAAACUUAAGAGAAACUGUUGUAUCAUCAAAUUUCAUAAAACCACUCCCUCAGAAAGAUGACAGAGCAUACACAGAGAACUUGUCUCAAGCCUAUCAGUCAUUCAGUAAAGAAAUACUGGAACCAGAAGUAGAUAAAAGGAAUUUACAGUGUGCUCAGGAAGGCAUGUGUACUUUAUAUUCUCAUACUCAAGGUAUAGAUUUUAGUGAAAAAGACAGAAACCUCUCACAGCCAAAGCGAAAAUUAAAUAAUGCAGUAGUUCUACCAGCAAAGUGUUUGAAAAAAACAGAUGCCAAUCCUACAUUUGUCAAGAAACAUCAUGAUUUAUGUGAUAAUCAUCAACUGAUACAGCACAACAUAGUUCUGGAGGCCGAGGUAUCUGAUACUGCUAUAAACAAAGAACUUAAUGAAUUGGCUGCCAGCACAGCACACAGUUCACCGUCUGGAAAGCUGCAUAGAAAAGUGAAGCUUUAUUUGGGAAGAAAUAAAAGAGAAAACUGGAAACAGAACACAGAGUUAUGCAUAAAGUAUACAGAUAGACUGUCUGUUCCUGAAGAGAAGAGAAGUGCUUGUAGCUCACCAGCACAGGCCCUACUGGAAUUAUUUCAGACAAGCGAAAGAAACUCAGAAUUUGGAGGUUUUUCAAGUUACACUGAGAACAAAGGUUCAACUAGCAUAAAAGAUAUAUGGGAAGGGCAGAAUACAAAUGUUACGUGGUCUUUAUUUUCUUCUUCAUCCUCAUCCCCAUUUGUUGGAUUUUAAUGCUGCUUUAUUUAAUACAAUGAUUUUCAAAUAAACUUGCAAAUUUAAGAUUUUAUUCAUGGAGUCUUUAGUAGCUGUAUUAUAUGUACAGAUGGUUUGGUUUUCAACUUUUUUAAUGCAAAAGCUUUGUAUAUGUAAAGAUGAAAAAUAAAACUGAGCUGCUUUUUG